AGCCGCGGCCGCCAGCGGGUCCAGGGAGCGCGAAAUCGGAAAUGGGCGGGAAUUGACUUCCUGUGCUUCCCGUAGGCGCCAGGGACCCGGAGCCGGACCCGGAGCCGGACCCGCACUUCUCGCGGACGAACAGCUCCCGCAACCUCAGCCCCGGAAUUUCACCGCGCUGAACGAAAAUUAUUGAGGCUUUGAUUAACACGGGAGUACUUCAGUUGCAAGCUGGAUAACCUUUAAAUGAAACACAGUUAAAAUCUUAUUCACUGAAGAGAGAUUCCUAUCAACAAAGUCCACAUUAAAUUGGAAAAGAAUUAUGUUGUCUUUAAACAACCUGCAAAAUGUCAUCCAUAACCCGAGAAUCCCCUAUGUUGGCACCAUUUCUGAGCAGUUGGAGCCUGGAUCCUUGAUUGUCAUCCGUGGCCAUGUUCCUAGUGAUGCUGAGAGAUUCCAGGUGGACCUGCAGUGCGGCAGUAGCUUGAAGCCCCGGGCCGAUGUGGCCUUUCACUUCAACCCCCGCUUCAAACGGGGCAACUGCAUUGUCUGCAACACUCUGACAAAUGAAAGGUGGGGAUGGGAAGAGAUCACCUAUGACAUGCCCUUCCAAAAAGAAAAAUCUUUUGAAAUCGUGAUCAUGGCGCUGAAGGACAAAUUCCAGGUGGCAGUGAAUGGAAAGCAUACUCUCCUGUACGCCCACAGGAUUAAGCUAGAGAAAAUAGACACGCUGGGCAUUUAUGACCAUGUGAAUGUUCACUCAGUUGGCUUCAGAUUCAGCUCGGUGAGUGCUCUUCUGGAUUUACAAAAUACUCAAGCAUCUACUCUAGGACUAACAAAUAUGAAUAGAGAAAAUAUACAAAAGUCUGGAAUUUCACAGUUUCCUAGUAAUAGAGGAGACAUUUUUAAAAUCAUACCACAAUCUGCGUACACCAAGAGCAGAGAUUCGACUGUCAAUCACAGUGUGACUUGCACCAAAAUACUACCCAUCAACUGUUUGUCAAAGACCCUGCCCUUCGAAGCAAGGUUAAAUUCCCCCAUGGGGCCUGGACGGACUGUUGUCAUUAAAGGAGAAGUGAAUAUGAAGGCCAAAAGCUUUAAUAUUGAUCUAAUAGCAGGAAAAUCAAAGGAUAUUGCUCUACACUUGAACCCACGCCUGAAUAUUAAAGCAUUUGUAAGAAAUUCUUUUCUUAAUGAUGCCUGGGGAGAAGAAGAGAGAAAUAUUACCUUCUUCCCAUUCAGUCCUGGAAUGUACUUCGAGAUGAUAAUUUAUUGUGAUACUAGAGAUUUCAAGGUUGCCAUCAAUGGAGCACACAGCCUGGAGUACAAGCACAGAUUUCGGGACCUGGGCAGCAUUGACACGGUGGCCAUCAAUGGUGAUAUCCACUUACUGGAAGUCAGGAGCUGGUAACCAUCAGGCGUGCUACAAACCCGAAAUACAGAAUGACUGUGUAAUCCCAGCUAUAUCGAAAUGCACCUCACUGUUACCGCCUUACUUAAAUUGCACUUGUGUAGCAUUAAGUCCAGCUGUUGUCCCUUCCAGUGGCCUAAGGGGGAAAUCUCAGGCAGUAGCCACUUGCAGCCAAUGAGAUGCCUGCUUUCUCCCCCAUGGCCUUUCAAAACCACACUGAAGAAUUUAGUAAGUGCCUACUGUAACAAAGCCACUAGCUGGCCUCAAGCAUGUGUUUUGUCAGCACCGUGCUGGAAGCAGGCAUGCACACAUGGUGGUGCAAAGCCGGUGCAGAGCCAGUGGUGCAGAGGCAGUGUCCGUCUUCUCAGGCACCACCAUGUGCUGACACGUUGGGACCACUGGUUUAAGGGUUAUGCAGCUGUUCAGUCACAUAAAAUACUAACUUCCCAAAGAUACCACUCCUUCCCCAGGGACUCCUUUUACAGUGAGCAUUCUAUCAUGUCCUAAUCAAGAGGACUGAUGCAGACUUUCAUCUGCUAGUGAAUCUGUAGUUAAUAAACAUGCAGCUUUUCUUGCUGUAGGUCCUACCAAAUAAUUAUCAUGUAUAUGACAUUUCAGCACAGCAGAAAAGUUAAGGCCAAAAACAAAACAAGGAGCCAACCAAAACCAACCCCAUGGUGUUGACUCCGUGUUGAGCUAUUGGUUUCUGAUUCCCAGAGCUUCGAGGCAUAGGCCUGAGUGUGAGGAGAGGCCCGGUGAUUCAGUCUGUUGUUAUAUUUGUGGGCAAUGAAGUAAUGCCAAACGAGUAGUGAACAGGCACCAUGAGAAAGCAAAACCUACCGAUGAGAGACCAAUGAAAGAAGGCAGAGGCAGCCUAAAAACGUUUGCAUGCAAACCAACACUCACCUCUGCUCUUCUGAAGAUUAGUCCAGCAGUAGCAGUGAGAUCAAAACACUGUUCUGCUUUAAGUGAUUAAAAUCAAACCUGUAUCAGCAAGUUAAACCGUUGCAUUUCUGUAAUGUUUCUAUUAUGUGAAGCAAGUUGGCAGAAGUUCCAUGCAGAAUCUUUACAGGUCAGAUCUUGUUACAGAUUUCAAAGGUUCAGGCCUGCGGAAAAUAAGCUAAAUCGGUCAGAUCAUUUUAUCACAUUAACAGUCACAACAGAUUUGGGUAGAUAUUAUUUGUAUCCAUAUUAAAAAGCAUACCAUUAUCAAUCUUGAUUUUUAACAACGUACUCUGUGGAAACAGCUAGCCCUUCUUUCAUGUUAAUAUUGCAAGACUCAAGAGGACAUGGAUGUGUGUGUGUUUGUGCAGGAGUGGGGGGAUAGUAGCUGUAGAAGGCAAGAAGUUCAAGAAACCCCCAAGGUUAUUUCCUCUUCAUAAAGAGCAGCAGAAUGCACAACUGAGACACUGCAGACCAAAAGGCACAUAGGAAAAAGCCUCCUCAAACUGGUCCCUUAAAUGUUUAAAAAUUUCUUUCCAUUUUUGUUUUAUAUGGAGCUAUUAGACCAAUUCUUUGAUAGAAAAGAUAUAAACCUUAAGCUUCUUUUUUAAAAAGGCUAUUAGUUUACUAAUGAACUUUAUCAAUAUACUUAAAUAGAACUAUUUAUAGCAAGCUUUAUCUCAUAAUUGGCCUUUUGCUUUGUAUAAUUCUGCUCUAAAUUUCCAUAUUAAAUGAGAUCAAAGGUGACUCAUUGUGAA